CUUUUGUUCUGCCACAUGUUAGAAACAGGAUUGGUUGAACCCGAAGCUUCACCUUUGUACCCCGUCUGUACUUACAGCUCCCAUCAAGUAAUCAAAUUAUUAUGUUACGUGUUCUCCGAGCACGAUCGCUAGCCUGCAAACAGCACCGUCACAUCUUUCGCAGUCUUACUUCCUUGAAUUCCUUGCAUCUUGCUUACUCAACCAGAGCCAUGCCACCUCCGCAAUGGAACAAUAGGCCGUAUACUGGCCUGAAGACGGUGUAGAGAACCUAGAGGGCUACUCUACGGGCGGAUACCAUCCGACGUAUAUUAACGAUGAAUUUUCGAAUGGCAGAUACAGAGUUGUCCACAAACUAGGUUAUGGUUCCUAUUCGACUGUUUGGCUUGCUCACGAUCGGAAAGAAAGUCGGUAUGUCGCAUUGAAGAUCAUGAUUGCAGAUGUUUCGGAAAGAAGCGUCGAGUCAAAGAUUCUACAGCAUCUUCAAAGGGGUGAUCUUAACCACCCAGGCCGUAAAUACAUUUCUUCACUGCUUGAUCAAUUUUCCUUCAAAGGGCCAAACGGGCAUCACAUGUGUCUGGUCAGCGAAGUCGCUGGCUGCAGUGUUGCUGAAUCCAAGGAGAAUAGCCCCCGGUUCAUGUUCUCCCUGGAUAUAGCUAGAGCAAUUGCCGCUCAAGUUACCAUGGGACUGGCCUACAUGCAUUCCCUUGGGGUAGGGCAUGGAGAUCUCCAUGCUCGCAACAUUCUUCUUCUCCAGCCUGUUGACUUUGAAGCCUUGAGUAUCGAAGAUAUCUAUGAACAGUUUGGCAAACCGUUUGAGGUCCCUAUCACAAGGAUUGACAAGGCCCCCAUCCAAUCAUGUGCUCCCGCGCACGCCAUCAUACCAAUGAACCUGAUCGUCCCAAGCGACCAGGUCGUAAAUUGCAGAGUCAAGAUUACUGACUUUGGCUCAUCUUUCUUCUUUGGCAAAGAGCCACUGGAGUUACACACACCCACGGCUUUGCUUCCUCCCGAAGCAUUCUUCCAGGACCCCAUCACCCCAGCCGCCGACAUAUGGACCCUUGGCUGUACGCUAUACGAUAUCCUCGGCGAAAGGCCCCUCUUCGAAACCUGGGCAGAUGAUCCAGAUGAUGUGAUUGGGGAAAUGGUAAGUACACUAGGUAAGCUGCCAAAGAAAUGGUGGCAACGCUGGGAAAAGAGACCUGAGUUUUUCCUUGAAAACGGCUCCUGGAACCCAAACUUUAAUAGGAUCCAGACACCUGAAUUUAGACCUUUGGACCAGCGACUCUGGCAGAUGGGAAGAGGGGAGACUCUUCGAAUUUGUGAGCUUCAGGAGAUGGAGAUGGCUAGCUUCAAGAGGUUGCUGGAGGGGAUGUUAGCUUAUGAGCCGUUGGAGCGGGUAUCAGCGCGUGAGGCGAUGGAAUCUGACUUCAUGCUGAAAUGGGCGCGUCCGGCACUGUUGAGGCUUGAGGGUUGAUCAUCAGCAAUUAGUUUUGUGUGCCAAAUGUGAUUUUGCGGGGCAGGUCUGCCGUUAGCUAGGAGGCGAUUAUGGUUGUCCAUGGAUGGGGACGCUCUGAUGUUUUUGUACUAUAUACUAAUAGCCACUAUCUCGUCGCAUGACUGC